GCUGGGGAAAGGAAAGGGAGGAGCCCUGCGCACGGCAUUCUGGGAACGCGUGGUAUUCUGGGUACUCGGGGCCCGCCAUUCCGUCGCUUCCACGCCUUCGUCUUCUAACGUUUGUGCCAGAACCGAAAAGGAACCUACAGUUAUUUGCACAGGAAGAGUCCUGCCAAGAUGUCUAUUGGAGUGCCGAUUAAAGUCUUGCACGAGGCUGAGGGCCACAUAGUAACAUGUGAGACCAACACUGGCGAGGUGUACCGAGGGAAGCUCAUUGAAGCAGAGGACAACAUGAACUGCCAGAUGUCGAACAUCACAGUAACGUACAGAGACGGCCGAGUGGCACAGCUGGAACAGGUGUACAUACGCGGCAGCAAGAUCCGAUUUCUGAUUUUGCCCGACAUGUUGAAAAAUGCACCCAUGUUAAAGAGCAUGAAAAAUAAAAACCAAGGCUCAGGGGCUGGCCGAGGAAAAGCUGCUAUCCUGAAGGCCCAAGUGGCUGCAAGAGGAAGAGGACGUGGAAUGGGGCGUGGAAACAUCUUCCAGAAGCGAAGAUAAUUUUCUCUGUUGAAGGGAACUUUGUCCUUUUUUCUCUUAGGUUUUGGGAGGGUUACAUGUGCAUAUGUCCUAGGUUUUCUUUUGAUAUUUCUCUUUGUAUCAGAGAAACUGUUAAGCUAAAUAAAGUGUGGUUGUUUUAUGGUU